AUGAGCACUCAAGCAGAAUCCUCCGAGCCUAAGGGCACCAAGAGGGACUUCAGCACGGCGAUUUUGGAGAGGAAAAAGUCCCCAAAUCGUCUGGUAGUGGAGGAGGCCACCAAUGAUGAUAAUUCUGUGGUGUCUCUUCACCCCGAUACUAUGGAGAAGCUUCAGUUGUUUCGAGGGGACACCAUUUUAAUCAAGGGUAAGAAGAGAAAGGAUACAGUAUGUAUUGCCGUUGCUGAUGAAACUUGUGAGGAAAACAAGCUGCGAAUGAAUAAGGUUGUCCGAAGCAACCUCAGGGUCAGACUUGGUGAUGUGGUUUCCGUGCAUCAAUGUGCUGAUGUCAAGUAUGGGAAGCGAAUUCACAUUCUUCCUAUAGAUGACACCGUUGAAGGAGUUACUGGAAACUUAUUUGAUGCGUACCUGAAACCAUAUUUCUUCGAGGCAUACCGGCCUGUGAGAAAAGGCGACCUCUUUCUCGUGAGGGGAGGCAUGAGGCACGUGGAGUUCAAGGUCAUCGAGACUGACCCAGGCGAGUAUUGCGUGGUGGCCCCGGACACUGAGAUCUUCUGUGAGGGUGAGCCUGUCAGGAGGGAAGACGAGGAGCGGCUGAAUGAGGUGGGCUAUGAUGAUGUGGGUGGUGUUCGUAAGCAGAUGGCCCAGAUUCGCGAGCUAGUCGAGCUACCCCUCAGGCAUCCCCAGCUCUUCAAGUCAAUCGGUGUGAAGCCCCCCAAGGGGAUUCUCCUUUAUGGGCCUCCUGGCUCUGGGAAGACUCUCAUAGCCCGGGCUGUGGCCAACGAGACUGGUGCCUUCUUCUUCUGCAUCAAUGGGCCCGAGAUCAUGUCCAAGCUGGCGGGCGAGAGUGAAAGCAACCUGAGGAAGGCGUUUGAGGAGGCCGAGAAGAAUGCACCCUCCAUCAUAUUUAUUGACGAGAUUGACUCGAUUGCCCCCAAGAGAGAGAAAACUAAUGGGGAGGUCGAGAGGAGGAUUGUUUCUCAGCUUCUGACGUUGAUGGAUGGGCUGAAGGCCCGGGCCCAUAUUAUUGUGAUGGGUGCCACCAACCGGCCCAAUAGCAUCGACCCUGCCUUGAGGAGGUUUGGUAGGUUUGACAGGGAAAUCGACAUUGGCGUCCCUGAUGAAGUUGGGCGUCUUGAGGUUCUUCGUAUUCACACGAAGAAUAUGAAGCUUGCUGAGGACGUUGAUUUGGAAAGGAUUUCCAAGGAUACACAUGGGUACGUGGGUGCUGACCUAGCUGCUUUGUGCACUGAGGCUGCCCUUCAAUGCAUAAGGGAGAAGAUGGAUGUGAUUGAUUUGGAAGAUGAGACUAUUGAUGCUGAGGUACUGAAUUCCAUGGCUGUCACGAAUGAACACUUACAUACUGCUCUUGGGACGAGCAAUCCCUCUGCCCUGCGUGAAACCGUUGUUGAAGUCCCCAAUGUUAGCUGGGAAGAUAUUGGAGGCCUUGAGAAUGUCAAGCGAGAACUCCAAGAGACUGUUCAAUACCCAGUGGAGCAUCCCGAGAAAUUUGAAAAAUUUGGCAUGUCCCCUUCUAAAGGAGUUCUUUUCUACGGACCUCCUGGUUGUGGAAAGACCUUGCUAGCAAAGGCUAUUGCCAAUGAGUGUCAGGCAAACUUUAUCAGCGUAAAGGGGCCCGAAUUACUAACCAUGUGGUUUGGCGAGAGUGAGGCCAAUGUUAGGGAGAUUUUUGACAAGGCCCGUCAAUCCGCACCCUGCGUCCUGUUUUUCGACGAGCUGGACUCCAUCGCAACUCAGAGGGGAAGUAGUUCGGGGGAUGCAGGUGGUGCAGCCGACCGUGUGCUGAACCAACUUUUAACCGAGAUGGAUGGCAUGAAUGCUAAAAAGACCGUCUUCAUUAUUGGGGCCACAAACAGGCCCGAUAUUAUUGAUCCAGCUCUGUUACGGCCCGGCCGGCUCGACCAGCUGAUUUACAUCCCUCUGCCCGACGAGGACUCGCGCCAUCAGAUCUUCAAGGCCUGCCUGAGAAAAUCGCCUCUCGCCAAAGAGAUUGACCUUAGGACCCUUGCUAAGUACACUCAGGGUUUUAGCGGUGCUGAUAUUACAGAAAUUUGCCAGCGGGCAUGCAAAUACGCCAUCAGAGAGAAUAUCGAAAAAGAUAUUGAGAGGGAAAAGAAAAGGAGUGAGAACCCCGAGGCCAUGGAGGAGGACCUCGAGGAUGAGGUGACCGAGAUUACAGCUUCUCAUUUUGAGGAGUCGAUGAAGUACGCUAGGAGGAGUGUAAGUGAUGCCGAUAUUCGGAAGUACCAAGCUUUUUCUCAGACUUUGCAGCAGUCGAGAGGUUUCGGUUCUGAGUUUAGGUUUGCCGACACUAGCAGCGGCGGUGGUGCUGCUGCCACUGGGACUGCAGCCGAUCCUUUUGCUGCCACCGGUGGCACGGCUGAUGAAGAUGACCUCUAUAAUUAG